UCUCUUUGCGGUCAGACCGGGCAGAGUCAUCCCGAGGGGUGGGUCCUGCGACAGUCGAAAAGGACAACCCACCUUUUUUCAUUGUUAAGGACGCGGUGGAAUGUGAUAGUUUGAUCUGAAACGGGCUAGGGAGGAGGAUAUCCGAGAGGAAAGAACCAACGAGAGCGAUUUAGGAAAAGGAGGAAACAAGAAAGCAGACCCCCCUGUCGCCUCCAACCCUCUGGUUGUGUCUGAGGAUAUGUGGAUGAACUUGUCUUCGCUUCGUCGUCAGCAGUGAGUCCUACCGAUGGAGACUUUCCAGAGAGGACUGUAACAUGUCACAGAUGUAAGCAUACAUCUAAAAUGUGAAAGACCUGCCUGCUAAACACCACUCUAAGGGAACUUCAAAGUCUUGAAGUGACAGUCACAAGAACAAAACAAUACAGACCUGCAAAAGAAAGUACUUCCUCAAGAGAGUAAAGGACUUGUUAUUACUACUACACAAAUGCAGACCGCCCAAAACUGGAUCAAAUAAACCGAGCAUCAAAACAAACACAACAGUUAUAACACAGAGGACUUUGUAGCCAUGUCUGAUCAUAAAGACAUGACGCAUCGCCAUCUGCGGCACAAGCUACAGAGUCUUGCACGAAGACUGGAUGAACUGGAAGAAGCCUCCAACAAACUGCAGAAGUCUGAGGAUGAACUGCUUGACCUGCAGGACAAGAUCAUUCAGGCAGAAGGCAGCAACUCAUCCCUGCUUGAUGACGUAGAGGCCCUGAGGAAACGUCUCCUGAAAAUCCAGGGUAAAGAUGAGGAGGUACGCAAAGCUGAGGAUCUCUGCCGCACAGUCAGAGAGAAACUGGAAGAGGAGGAAAAUCUUACAAAGAAGUUAAAAGCUGAGAUUGAACGCCUACAACAAAGGAUGGCCGAACUAGAAAAACUGGAAGAAGCGUUUGGAAAAAGCAAGUCUGACUGCAGCCAGCUCUUCCUGAGCCUCAAUGAGGAGAAGAACUUGACAAAGAAACUCUCGUCUGAGAUGGAGGCUCUCAAAGCCCAUUUGAAGGAGAUGGAGGGGUCUGAGUCAAAACUGGACAGAGCAGAGCAGCUUUUGGCUUUGGAGCUUGAGAAACUCAAGGGAUUCACUCAGAAAUUUGUGAGUGAGCGAAAAAGGCUACUAGAGAAGCAGAAAGAGGAUGAGAAGGUCAUUUUAAAGCUGACAGAAAAACUGGAGCACCAAAAGAAUCGCCUUGGAAUAUCAGCAGACCCCAGCCAGGGAGGUUUUAUGCGGUCACGAAUUGAAGAUGAGCUGUCUUCCACAGCACUCAUCACAAGUAAACUGAGGAGGGCUGAGAAGAGCCUUGACUAUAUCAGGUUGCCCGAUGACAACAUCAGUCUUGUGAACAAAUCUGAGAAUGAGAAGAACAGCGGUCUUGAAGGUUCCCAGGAGGAGGACAACAAAGUAAAGGAGCUGACACAGGAAGUAGAAAGGCUGAAGAAUCGCCUCAAACAACUAGAGAUAGUGGAGGACGAUUUGAAGAACUUGGAGUCCAAAAAUGGCGAACUUCACGAGAAAUUCCAGGUAGAAAGAAACCGGGCUCAUCAACUGAGUGAGCAGGUGGAACAGCUCAGGACGCAGCUGAGCGGAAAAGCUGGGAUUGGAGGAAAUGUAACCAGUAAUGUGGAUAAACACAGCAUUGGAAGCAGUAAUAUUUGCCCCAACAGCCCUGCUAAUGUCCUGGAAAAUGGCAAAGCUGAGAAUGAGGAGAUUAUUGUGAAGUCUGGUUUCAGACAAGAGAAGCCUAAAUACAGGAGUGCUGCGACUGUCUCGGAGCCAGGCUCCCCCAAACACAGGAACAGGGAGCUCUCUCCUCAGCACAAGAGAGAGACUAAACUGAGGAACAAAGAGUUGAGCCACUCAGAGGAGAGCUCACCUAAGUCUGUGAGGAGAGCUCUCAGUCCUGCCCACAAGAGCAAGAGGAUACCCAAAACCCCAACCACUGCAAUUUCAUCUGAUAAUGGAAUAAGAGAUACAAGACGAGGAACUGAGGAAAAGACAAGAGGAGCAACAUACGGCUCUGUAAAUACAUCUUCUAGUGAUAAUAAAAAGGUGUCUGUUCUUAGUCGCUACCCUCCAGCAGCUAAUGACCAGAAGCCUCUGAGGACAACUCACAAACAGGCUGAUGGGGAGACAAAGAGCAGAGUAGAAAAGUUUUCAAAAUUGUAUAUAGGUAGUGAUAGUGAAUCAAACAGUUCUGAUGUAGUCCCUGAAAGCUCCGGCAAUGUCAGCAGUAUCUCUGCACUAGAGAAGGACACUGUGUCUGCCUCAGAUCAGGAAUUAGUAGACCAGGUUCAGGAGUCUGCCUCUGCAUCUGUGUCCUCCACCCUGUCCAAAGCCAAUGGAUCAUGCUCAGUCUACAAAGCCCACUUCACUCCUCUACUGCCUAAUGACCAGGGGUCAGAGGGUCAUUCCUCUGCCUCUGAAACAGAAUCUACCGGUUCAAGGCCCUCUGAACCGGAGCCUGUAACAGAGACAGCUACUACAAACAUGAGCAGUAGGACUGCAACCUCUAGACGUCCAAAAUACUCACAUACCCAUGACUCACAUUCAGGGGGUUCUUCCUCUAGGAGCUCGUUUGAUGAUGAGCUCCACAGCAGAACUCCGUUCGCUGAGGGGGGGCACCACGGGCCCACGCAUACUCCAUCAGGGAUAGAGAUCCAGCGAGUGUGCAGCCCACGUGAGGCACUGAGAUCAAAGGCUGUCAUUAAGCCUGCUAUUGUCGAGAUUGACAGGAAGGAAAUGAUGAUUUCAGAACUUCUGCCUACCAAUGACAAACCCAAAAUUUCCACCAAACCAAUCAUGACCUCGAAUAGUAAAAUGACCAGUACUAUAACCAUCUACCCUAAUGACCCCAGCUCUUCCAGAACCAGCAGCCGCAGCAGCAGUGUGUCCAGUGAGCCCAUACCGGUCAAAGAACGCCACACUUCCACCAGUAACAUCCUCAUAGGCCCCAGCAGUGAGCACCAUGGCAGGAUUUCCAUCCCAUAUGAAAUUUCCAUCCCUAAGAGUGAGCUCACCUUGCGGACGGGCCAGCACCAGGACUGUGGGUCGGACAGCCACAGUGAUUCCUUGUCAAGGUCCAAACUGCACAAUACUUCCAGAGUGGAAACCACUACCAGUCAGCUGUCCCUCCAGCGCAACAACUUCAGCCUCCAGUCCCCGGACUCCACGUCCUCAGACCUCAACGACACAGAGUCAGGCUUCGAGAGCGGCACUAGCAGUACCACUACCAUGGUGACCAGCUUGAGAAGCCAAAGACAAAGCCACCACUCCCAAGAAGAUAGUUUACCAGACAUAAAGAAUAUGACUAUGAGAAGCACCUGGAAGAACAGAGGCACUGUGUCAGUGGAGGAGACAGGCCAGGGAAGAGUGGGUGCAAGGAUGAUCGCAGAUGGAGGGUCUGAAGAUGAGGCAGAAGCAACGACAACAUGGAGGGCUUACCGCGCAUCCACCUUCGACACAGAGGAAGUGAUAAACAGUGGCUCAGGAGCUGGUGGCAGUGCUGCAUUACAGAAGGGAGCCAAACCAUCCCCUGGUGAGCUGAGCAUGAGUAGACUGUAUAAGGAAAAAAGAAUAAUACACUGGAUGAAAGGAGUGUACUACUUCAUCCCUGCAUAA